UCUAAAAUAACAAAAUUCAGCAACUCCCUCCAAAACCACACAACGCAACCGCGCCAUUUUGCCAUUGUUUAUCACAAACAAAAAAAAAGUUGAAUUCGAAGUCAUCCACCACCCUCGAAAACCAAACCCUCGCCGGAAAAAACAGCCGGACUUUACCUUCGUAAGAAAGAAGGCUGCCGUAAACCGUUACCAAAUCCAGCGAAAGGGUGAAAUGGAACCACUACAGAAGAUUUCAGGAGGAGGAGCAGAAACACUGAAAAAUAUGCCUCCUGGAUCAUCGAUUUCUAUUGCAUAUCACCCCAAUUUUGGACCUCAUGAUGAUCUCAUUGUUCUAGAGCUGGAUGAGAAACUGAUCCCAGAUGUUUUGAAUGAAAGGAUGGUCUUAAGAGGACAACCUGACGAGGAUGCAGUUCUUUGUACUCAAUCAAAAACAUAUGCUAUGAAAUUUGUUGGAACUUCCAAUUCUGUUUUGCUUGUACCACCAGAAAAUCAAUCAGAAUCGUAUGAAAAUCAGCAGAAGGAUGAUAUUAACAAUACUGACGAGAAAGUUGUUGCACGUAUAUUAAAAGUUGUACCUGGUAGUUUGGAGCUUAUUGAGGUUUCCCCCAAACUUGAUAAACUCAAAUUGCUUCUUUUAGAGAACACUUACAGAUUUGAUGAAAAUGACAUGGAAAUUUUAGAAGAGAAUCAGGAAUCAAGAGCGGGAUUAUAUAACUGGAAUGAUCUUAUAGACAAUAUUCAAGCUAGUGACGAGGAAUUAAGGUUUGGAUUAGAGGCUCUUUCUGCUGUGGAGAUUAAUGGGUAUUGGAGAUUAGUUGAUGAGAGUUACAUGGACAUGAUUCUGGGAAUGCUUUUGAAAAAUUCAAUGUUAAAUGACUGGACACUCAAUGCUCUAAAUGAAGAUGAAGUUGUGAAUAUGCUGGAAUCAGACGGAUUUCCGAUGGUUCUUGCAAGACAUUGCUUGCAUGUAUAUGCCAAGCAAGUAAAAGAAAAUGAUGGCAUGGAAAGCUGUGUAUGGAAGUUGGAUGAGAAGCGGGUAUGCAUACACUUUGCAAGAGAAAUCCUGAAAGGAGGUAAGAGGAAGUUAGAGAGUUUUAUGGAAGAAUGGAGGAAGAAGACUCCAGAUGAAAUGCAGCCAUCUUUUGAUCUUAUGGAAGGAGAGGUAUUAACUGAGAAACUGGGAGUUGAGACAUGGGUUCGUGCGUUCCGUGUCUCUUCUUUGCCUUCCACUCCAGCUGAACGUUUCUCCAUUCUUUUCAGAGAGCGUGCAAAAUGGGAUUGGAAAGAUCUGCAGCCCUAUAUCAGAGAUCUGAAUGUACCAGGUCUUUCUGCUGAAGGUUUACUACUCAAAUACACUCGAAAGACACAACCGUCACCUAAUCAAGAUCCAGUUUUCAGUGCAAGAUAGUAUGUGCUGAUAUAUUCUUCACAGUUCUUAUGGCUUUCCCCGUCUUUUUAAAUUGACUGUAAGCAUAGUACUUAGAAAAAUUUAGGACCGUCUUUUAUUUCCCCUGUUUUCAUUUAGAUAUGUAAUAUCAAGAAUUGAUGUCUGCUUCAAAAUUUAGGACAAACUUUAGCAAAAAUAAUUAUUUUAGAGUGAUAGUCGUUACCUUUC